AUCAUAGUAUUAUGCUGGGAUCCAUCUAACAACCGACUAUGAGAACCAGAGGAGUAUCUACUGAACAAGCAGCCGCAAAUGAAGACGAAACUGAGGUGAAUAAAACCGACCUAGAACGACAUGACAGUAAGUCAAAAAGGGGUUUUAAAUCCCGCGAGAAGUCAAACGAGAAGUCAUCAAAACUUGAAAAAUUGAAAAAAAUCAUCUCACCAAAACUGAUUUUAGAGAAGACCCAGAGCGCAGGCGGCGCGAAAUCUACAGCUGGUAAGCAUACUUCUAUUCAACAUAAUUGUGACAGAUGUGAUAUCCCGAAUUCAAAUCUUCUAGGGUGUGAAUUUUGCGAUCUCUGGCUUUGCAACUCUUGUGAAAAUCUCAACAAAAACGAUCUUGCCCUACUCACUGCAUCAACCAACCAAACCCACUGGUACUGUCAUGAAUGUGAACCCCAGGUCAAAUAUAUUCUGGCACAAUCAAAAGCAGGUAUCGUUGAAGUUGCAAAAUCGGUUGCUCAUUCCCUACAAUCCAUCAAAAAAGAUCAAACCCAGGCAAAGAAGAGCCUGGACUCAGUCUCCACCAAAGUGAACCACCUCCAGGGGUUGUACGAGAAUGUAAUCCAAAAAGUUGAAACAUUCAGUGAUUCACUCAAAGAGAUAAAUCUUGGAAAAGGAUCAGUAGAAAAAUCAUUAAAAGAAGUUACCCAGCUUAGCAAAUCCUUUUCAGCAGUAGUUCAAAAUUCUGAAAACAAAAUCUAUCCCAAUGUCCUAGAAUCUGUAAAAACUGGAUUCAGAAGUGUAAAUGACCAGGAAAGACGUAAAAAGAACAUAGUCCUUCACAAUCUGGAAGAGCCCACAUCCCCCAAUCCUAAUACUGCCCAGGCCCAAGACCUAGAAGAAGUUAAACAGAUAUUUGAGGAUGGCCUUGAACUCCUAAAUAUCCAGAUUAUCAAAACAAUCAGAUUAGGUAGAAAACUUAACAAGCC